AAAAUUAAUGAAAAAAGAAGGGAGAGACUGAGAGAGAAGUUAUUAAAUAUUCCAGUGUGUUUUUCUGAUGUAUGUCAUGAGUUUAGAUAAUUUUUUAGACAAUUAAUAUUAGUUGUAGCUGGUUUUUGACAAAAAAAUAAAAACAGUUUAAUAAAAGUGUCACAUGAAAAUUAAAAAAUUAUUUUAUAUAAAAUUUACGCAUUAGCAUUUUACAACAUGAGAACUUGAUAAAAAAAAAAAAAAAAAUACAAUAAUCUACGACAAUUGAAAAAUAAAAAAUGAUGGUCCAGAAAGUGAUGAUUAAUUAUAAUUUGUGAAAUUUAAUUGUGUUAAAAAAAAAAUAAAAUAAAUUAUUUACUAAAUUCUUUAUUAUUAAAUAAUAAAAAAUUUUUUUUUUUGCUGUUAAUAACAAGUUAUUUGUUGUAAAAUGAUAUUAAUCAAACUGGUUAUUUAAUUUUUUUAAAAAUAUAAAUUAUCUAUUUAAUUGUUAAAAAUUAAAUAAUAAAUAAAGGAUGCAGUCAAUUUAUUGGACUGGUAGAUUACUAACACGUACUAUUUGGAAUGGAAUAGCAAAUUAUUCAGCUUGUGCUGAUCCUGGUUUUGUUAAAUCACGUGAAGCAUCACUUGUAUCAGCUGUUUGUGGUUUUCCAAAAAAUUUUGGUCAUGAAAAAAUAAAAAAAGGACAAUUUGGUGAUGAUGCAUGGUUCAAUGCAAAAUUUAAAUCUGUUGAAGUCAUUGGUGUUGCUGAUGGUGUAGGUGGCUGGCGACAUUAUGGAAUUGAUCCUGGUGAAUUUUCAAGUUUUCUUAUGAGAACAUGUGAACGUCUAGUCACAAUGGGCAGAUUUGUACCAUCAGAACCAGCUGGUCUAUUAGCUAAAAGUUAUUAUGAAUUAUUAGAAAAUAAACAACCAAUUUUAGGUAGCAGUACUGCAUGUGUUAUUAUUUUAAAUAAAGAAACAAGUAGUAUUUAUGCUGCAAAUAUUGGUGAUAGUGGUUUUGUAAUUGUUAGAAAAGGUGAAGUUGUUCAUCGUUCAUCAGAACAACAGCAUUAUUUUAAUACACCAUUUCAAUUGUCAUUACCACCACCAGGACACUCUGGUUUAGUUUUAAGUGAUAGUCCAGAAUCUGCUGAUACAUCAAGUUUUGGUGUUGAAGAUGGUGAUGUUAUUCUUCUUGCAACAGAUGGUGUAUUUGAUAAUGUACCAGAUCAAUUACUAGUCACAGAAAUGCAAAAAGUUGAAGGUGAAAAAGAUCCAAAAAAAAUACAAGGUGUUGCUAAUACAAUUGCAUGGAUGGCACGUAGUUUAGCAUUUGAUGAAGCUUUUAUGUCACCAUUUGCACAAAGUGCUAGACAAAAUGGUAUUGAUGCCAUUGGUGGGAAGCCAGAUGAUAUUACGGUGCUAUUAGCGACUGUGGCAAUUUAAAUAAUUUUCAUCUGUAAAUUAUUUAUAUAUAAAUAUUUUUUUUUUUAUCUUUUUUCCUCGUCACAACAAUUAUUUCAGUCAUUGUAUUAUAGUUCAUUUCAUGUAUUUUCCAUAUUUAAAUUUUUUAAUUGUUUGUUUACUUUUGAUUAAAAAAAUUAGUCAAUUAAAAAUUCAAACAAUUACUUUAUUUAGCUUUGAAAAAUUACUCAAUUAUUUAGAUAGAAAUUAUUAUUUUUUUUUUUUUAGAAAUGAAAUGUUUUUCUUUCUUCUGUAUUUAACUUUUAUUUGAUUUUUUUUUUUUUUUCUAUAACAAAAAAAAAAGCAAUAUCCAAGUUUAUGAAAGAAAGAAAAAAUUUGUGUAUAAAAUUUUUUUUUAACUACACAGAUUUAAAAAAUGUUAGACUUUCAUUUUUCUAUAUAUAAAUUAUAGAAAAUUUAACAAAAUUAGAAGAUAAAGAUAGACUUGUUCGUUCUAAUGAGACUCAGAUAAUAAAAUGAAAAAGUAAAGAAGAGAAAAUUAAAAAGUUCACAUAACGGUAAAAGUUAAAUGGACUAUGAAUAAUUAUUAAAUUUAAAAAUCAAAGUAAAUACCAAAAUUCAUUAAUAAUGUAAAUUAAAUUAUUAAAGAAAAAUAAAAAACCACAAAUGUUAUUCUGAAAAAUAAUUAAGAAUAAAAAAAAAAAUUGUUGACAAUGUCUGAUUGCAAUAUUUGUACCAGACGAAUAAAUGAAAUUUAAAUAAAAUAAUUAUUUAAAAAAAAAAAUAAAAAAUA